AUAAAAACAUUAAUUGAACCCUGUUUAUAGCAAAACUAUUAACAAGAAAAAUUCCUGGUUCUCGGCAUGACACAUCUGUCACUAUGGAUCAGGGGAUAGUAAGGGUCAUUAAUGGCGGAUGGAUGGAUGGGCUGACGCGAGAUGCUGUUUCGCGACCCGACACGAGCACGAUUCUUUGGGAAACUCUCUACGAACCUUGGAAUCUCUUUGAAAGACUUGAUAAAGGGGAUAGAGUGGCCGUGGCUGAGCCCGUGACUUUGUUACGCGACGUUUGUUCAGGGCAUGACUCUCCAGGAAAGAACUGUUCCAUCAUAUGUAACAGUUCAGAUGAUCUAUUCGCAUCUUGGAAGACUCUAUGGCAAUGUCUCUCGCUGACGUCGCUGACUCUCGCAAACUCGACGUUCUCUACACUUGAUCAACACCAUAACGGGACUGGAAAUAGAACACCAAGGGAACAGAUCACGAGUGCCUUGUCAUCUUUUGGCGUUCACAAUGGAACAGAUUUCGACGGAAAGGCGGUUCUGAAUCUCACAUAUGAGUGUGCGGCUGCGAGCUGCCGUGAUACAGGCAUGGGAGAGUGCUCUAUCGGCCAGUUUGACCCUGGGUACUUUGAGAGCGAGACUAUCCAGUGGAUCAAAGUAUACGAGGCUCUUGAGUCAUUGUGUGAUGGACUGGAAAGCGAUAUCAACAUCGAUAUUGCUGGCCCUGGAGUACUUAUAACAUACAUCACCCAAACAGCCAUGGUGGUCUUUGCAUGGCUGUUCUUUCUACUACUAAAAGUUAACAAGUUUAUCAACACUUCAACAUCAAUCUUCACUCACCUGUUUCGAAAAAGAAACCCGGGUCCCAAUCUCUUGACUCAUCGUGUAUCAGGUCUUGAACGCCUUGAGCGCACGAAUCUUGCCUAUGCGACAAGCACUUUUCUUGCAGAGCUUCACGAAGCACAAUGCUUUUUCGUCGUCGCUAUCGAGAUAGCGCUGAUAAAUGCCAGUUCACGAUCAGCCAUAUUCACUGGUGCAGAUAACUGGCAGAGUCUUCUGUGGAAUCGUGACAGUGUCCAGUUCCUUGCAGGUAUGGGAGCUUGGCCCAUCAUUCUCGGACAGAUCUCCCUCCGAAGAGCUGAGCUAGACUCGAUGUACUACCUCAUCCUCUCGACACUUGCAUUGGCGCUUGCUGGUGUUGCAGCAGAUACAGCUGCCAAUCCCGAUCCAGAUCGGAUAUAUAAGAUGUUUCAAGGGCAGAAUACACUUGAAGAAUGCGGCGGCCAUCCUUCACUUCGAACAUUCUGCGUGGAAGAGCGAGAGAGCAUAUACUGGUAUGUCUUUCCAGCAGGAAGCAUAUACGCGUUCCUUGGAUUACUUGCUAUUCUAUGGUGGGCCAAGCUCUGGAGUAUGUGUAACUCUCCAGCAUCGUUUGUCAAAAGGCAUAAGUCUCUGUCAAAACGGCAACUUGAGGCAUGGGAAUGGUUCAAGUGGUUUGUGAUCAAAGCCUCUCUCCUUGGAACACACAUUGCUGAAGCUGGUGCCCUUGCUUGCAUAUGCUUCGGACUAGCAGUAAUUCGUGCGCCGUUGCUGAAUCUUCUGCUGCGAGGUGAGACAGGCACUUGGAGUGUUGGACAGCUGGUUGCGGUGUUGAUCUGGGCGCCGGUGAUAUCUAAAUAUGCCCAUCUGGCAAUUCUCGGCGUGGAGAAGGGUUUCAGGCUUCGAUUAUCUAAAGCAUUUGAGAUUGUAAAGAGGUCGGAUACAAGGCCUGGAAGUGAUAGUGAGGCAAUAUCUUUGAAUUGAGGGAGUUUACAUGUCUUUUCUAUGUUUUUUACUUCGAUACUUAUGUCAAUGUUUUCGAUAGCAGACUUUAUCUAAACUAUCGGCCACCGAUGCAGGUCUAAUAGUUUGGUUCGUUUUGGUGGCAUUCGAGGUUGAUAUAGGUCUCUGACUUCACUGAUGUACAUCGCGUCGCCCUGGCCAGUCCCGAUCUAUCAGCCGUAUACAACUACAAGAUCACGUUGAAGAGGAA